GUACCGCGACUUUCUAUGUCUAUUCAAACACGUGUCUGGCGCAGGCUGGUCCGAAGGUCACAUGACAGGCUCACUAUAAAAGUAUGGGGAGUCGUCAGUCCAGCAUCACAAGCUCUUCCUCUCCAGCAGCUUAACAUGUUCAACAAGGGUGUCUUGGUGCUUGCUUUGGUGGGCGUGGCUCUGGCUGCCCCUUCAGACCCGUACCAUCAACCGUCGUACAAAGAGGAGCCGAAGCCGUACCAGUUCGCCUACGGAGUCAAGGAUGAAUACGCCGGCACCGACUUCGGCCAGAGCGAGGAGUCCGACGGCCAUGCUGUCAAGGGAUCCUACACUGUCCAGCUUCCCGACGGCCGCAAGCAGACAGUGAACUACGUGGCUGACCACUACAACGGCUACCAGGCUGAGGUCAGCUACUACGGCGAGGCUCAGUACCCCCACGAGUACGGUCCCCCCGUCACCUUCAAACCCCAGGGCUACCAUCCCCAGCCUUCGUACCACUAAGGGCAACGCUAAUGUACAUCUAUGUAUCAUAAAAGUGUGAGAGUUAUUAAAUAUAUCCAGA